CGUAAUAUGAUUGUAUGAGAAAUUUCCUCAUAGUCAACAGUUGAAUGUGUCUAGGACAGAGUCAGUGAAUUAUGAAAGAUUAGUCUUUGUAAAGAAAAAUAUGGCCUAGUUACCCCUACUUGAUUAAGCCAGCACUUUAUUUUUCAAACUCAACUGUCUUCUUCAUUGUUCUCUAAAUUUUUGGUAUUGUUAUUUUUGUGUGAGAGUACCAUUUUGUUUUUCUUACACCAAACUUUUCCGAUGUACCCUUUAGUCCAUUCUUCUUCUUUAAUCUUCUUCACCAUAGUAACUGUAUCCGUGGGAGUACCAACCCCUUUCAAAACUGUCGAAGAUGAGGCAAAGUUUGAAGCUUGUAGCCGCCUGUUCAAGUGUGGUUAUGCAUCUUUUGGAAACCCUUACUGGGGAGGUGAGCGAAAUCAAGACUGUGGCCGCCCAGGAUUCAAGCUAGAGUGCCAUCAUAACACCUACCCUGAAAUAGAGAUUGUGUCUAGAAAGUUUUACAUAUUGGAUAUCAGAGAACGGGACGAAACUAUUACAGUUGUUGAUGCAGAUAUGGUGGAUGAUGGUUGUCCUGACAGAGUUGUUAACAUCUCAGUUGAGGCCUUUGAGAACAGUCCUUUUAAAUGUGCUUCAAAUAAUGCCAGGUUGACUUAUGUGUACAAUUGCUCAACUGGGAUUCCAAAUACAACGUUACCUGAGCUCAGAUGCACCAGUAAAGCUGAACCAGGUUAUUAUCUAAUUGAUCCUUCGGGUCAUGAAAAGCAGUCAUGUAGUGGUACGAUCAACAUUCCACUUCUGCAAAAAUACUACACAGAUUUGCAAAUUAAUCGGUUGACGGCAAAAGAUGCUUUGAGCAAAGGUUUUGAUUUGGAGUACAGAGCUGAAUAUGGCCAAGAAGCUUGUUGGGAGUGCCUUAAAUCUUCUGCGCAGUGUGGUUUCAACACAACUUCUGAAGAAUUUGUGUGCUUCUCAAAAUCCAGUAACUCAGGACCAAAGAAGAAGAUGCUGAAGUUAGUACUAGAACUAGGACUAGGUUCACCAAGUGGGAUUGGACUUAUUGUAAUUGUAGUACUCAUAGUCUGCCGACUGUGGAAUAAGCAUCAAACUUAUGGAAACGUUGAGGCCUUCUUGGAAAACUAUGGGCCACUUCAAGUUAGAAGAUAUAGUUAUUCUGAUGUUAAGAAAAUGACUAACUCCUUCAAAGAAAAAUUAGGCCAAGGAGGCUUUGGUUGUGUCUACAAAGGAAAAUUACAUGAUGAACAUCUUGUUGCGGUGAAGAUGUUAAACGAAUCGAAAGAUAACAAUGGAGAAUAAUUUAUCAAUGAGGUGGCAGCAAUUAGUAGAACUUCUCAUGUCAAUGUUGUCACUUUGUUAGGAUUUUGUUUUGAGGGUGCUAAAAAGGCUCUCAUUUAUGAGUUUAUGCCUAAUGGUUCUCUUGAAAAAUUUGUAUACGAUGAAAAUGAAACUGAAGAGAGUUAUCAAUUGGAUUUGGAAACAUACUAUCAAAUCUCACUUGGGACUCAUAGGGGACUAGAAUAUCUGCAUCGAGGUUGCAACUCGCGAAUUUUACAUUUUGACAUCAAGCCUCAUAACAUCCUUCUUGAUGCAGAUUUUGUGGCCAAAAUCUCAGAUUUUGGCCUAGCCAAAAUUUGCACUAGAAAAGAUAGUUUAGUCUCAAUGUUGGGUUCAAGAGGUACUAUUGGAUAUAUUGCUCCAGAAGUUUUCUGCAGAAGUUUUGGAGGGGUUUCUCACAAGUCUGAUGUCUAUAGUUAUGGAAUGAUGGUUUUAGAAAUGGUGGUAGGGAGAAAGAAUGUGAAUGUUAGAGUUAAUAAUAGUAUUGAAAUAUAUUUUCCACAAUGGAUCUACAAGCGCCUUGAGGUUGAAGAAUUAGGACUCAAGAGAAUUAUGAAUGAAGAAGACAAUGUAAAAGCAAGGAAGAUGAUUAUGACGAGCCUAUGGUGCAUACAAAAUGAUCCCUCAAGCCGACCAACAAUGAGUAGAGUCAUAGAAAUGUUGGAAGGUAGCCUUGACUCUUUGGAAGUACCACCUAGGCCUUUCUUGUCCUCCCCUCCAAGAACACCACUAUCUGAUUCUUCGAACACAUUUGUAUCUUUUAAAGUAUAAAAUCUCAAAACAUAUUUAACGAGUAUAUAAAAAUUGCAUGAAUGGAAGCACUUUUAUACC